AUGCAGACGUGCGCCAGGGCCUGGGGGCUGCGUCUGGGCUGCGGGGUCCCCGGCGGCGGCCGCCUGGCGGGAGGCGCGGGGCGGCGUUGCGUGCAGCAGAGCCGUGACAACAGGAGCGGCGGUGGGGACGGCGGCGGGGCUGGGGCCUCGCGCCUCCUCGAGCGCCUCCUCCCCAGACACGACGACUUCGCCCGGAGGCACAUCGGACCUGGGGACAAAGACCAGAGGGAGAUGCUACAGGCCCUGGGGCUGGCGAGCAUCGAUGAAUUGAUGGAGAAGACGGUCCCCGCGAGCAUCCGCUUGAAAAGGCCCUUGAAAAUGGAAGACCCUGUUUGCGAAAAUGAAAUCCUUGCAACUCUGCGUGCCAUUUCCAGCAAAAACCAGGUCUGGAGGUCGUAUAUUGGCAUGGGCUACUAUAACUGCUCAGUGCCACAGACUGUUUUGCGGAACUUACUGGAGAACUCAGGAUGGAUCACCCAGUAUACUCCGUACCAGCCAGAGGUGUCUCAGGGGAGACUGGAGAGUUUGCUGAAUUACCAGACCAUGGUGUGUGACAUCACAGGCAUGGACAUGGCCAACGCAUCCCUGCUGGAUGAGGCGACCGCGGCUGCAGAGGCCAUGCAGCUGUGCCACAGACACACCAAGAGGAGGAAAUUUUUUGUUGACCCUCGUUGCCACCCACAGACAAUAGCUGUCAUCCAGACGCGAGCCAAAUAUGCUGGAGUCCUCAUUGAGUUGAAGUUAUUCCAUGAAAUGGACUUCAGUGGGAAAGAUGUCAGUGGAGUGCUGUUCCAGUACCCAGACACGGAGGGGAAGGUGGAAGACUUCACUGAACUCGUGGAGAGAGCCCAUCAGACUGGGAGCUUGGCUUGCUGUGCUACUGACCUUUUAGCUCUGUGUAUCUUGAGGCCUCCUGGAGAAUUUGGGGUAGACAUCGCCCUUGGCAGCUCGCAGAGAUUUGGGGUGCCACUGGGCUAUGGUGGACCACAUGCAGCCUUUUUUGCCGUCAGAGAAAGCUUGGUGAGGAUGAUGCCUGGAAGAAUGGUGGGAGUUACAAGAGAUGCCACUGGGAAAGAAGUGUACCGCCUUGCUCUUCAAACCAGGGAGCAACACAUCCGGAGAGACAAGGCUACCAGCAACAUCUGUACUGCUCAGGCCCUCUUGGCGAAUAUGGCUGCCAUGUUUGCGAUCUACCAUGGUUCCCGAGGGCUGGAGCAUAUUGCUAGGAGGGUACACAAUGCCACUUUGAUUUUGUCUGAAGGUCUCAAGCGAGCGGGGCAUCAACUCCAGCAUGACCUGUUCUUUGACACUUUGAAGAUUCAGUGUGGCUGCUCAGUGAAGGAGGUUUUGAGCAGGGCUGCUCAGAGGCAAAUCAAUUUUCGGCUUUUUGAAGAUGGCACACUUGGUAUUUCUCUUGAUGAAACAGUCAGUGAAAAAGAUCUGGAUGACUUGUUGUGGAUCUUUGGCUGUGAAUCAUCUGCAGAGCUGGUUGCUGAAAGCAUGGGCGAGGAACGGAGAGGUAUUCUAGCCACUGCCUUCAAGAGAACCAGCCCGUUCCUUACAAAUCAAGUGUUCAACAGCUAUCACUCAGAAACAAAUAUUGUUCGAUAUAUGAAGAAAUUAGAAAACAAAGACAUUUCCCUUGUUCACAGCAUGAUUCCACUGGGAUCCUGUACCAUGAAGCUCAACAGUUCAUCUGAACUUGCACCAAUCACAUGGAGUGAAUUUGCAAACAUCCACCCCUUUGUGCCUUUGGACCAAGCUCAAGGGUACCAGCAGCUUUUCCGAGAGCUUGAGAAGGAUUUGUGUGAGAUCACAGGCUACGACCGAAUCUGUUUACAGCCUAACAGUGGAGCCCAGGGGGAAUAUGCCGGGCUGGCCACUAUCCGAGCUUACUUAGAAGGGAAAGGAGAGAGACACAGAACGGUUUGCCUCAUUCCGAAAUCAGCUCAUGGGACCAAUCCCGCAAGUGCCCACAUGGCAGGCAUGAAGAUUCAGCCUGUGGAGGUGGAUAAAUAUGGAAAUAUCGACACAGCUCACCUCAAGGCCAUGGUGGAUAAACACAAGGAGAACCUGGCAGCAAUCAUGAUCACGUACCCAUCCACCAAUGGAGUGUUUGAAGAGAACAUCAGCGAUGUGUGUGACCUGAUUCACCAACACGGAGGCCAGGUCUACCUAGACGGGGCAAAUAUGAACGCUCAGGUGGGAAUCUGUCGUCCUGGAGACUUUGGGUCUGAUGUCUCGCACCUGAACCUUCACAAGACCUUCUGCAUUCCCCAUGGAGGAGGCGGCCCUGGCAUGGGGCCCAUCGGAGUGAAGAAGCAUCUUGCCCCUUUCCUACCCAGUCAUCCUGUCAUUUCGUUAACGUCUGAUGAGGAUGCCCGGCCCGUGGGUACCGUCAGCGCAGCCCCGUGGGGCUCCAGUUCCAUCUUGCCCAUUUCAUGGGCUUACAUUAAGAUGAUGGGAGGAAAGGGCCUUAAACAAGCCACAGAAGUUGCUAUCUUGAAUGCCAACUACAUGGCCAAGAGAUUAGAAAAACACUACAGAGUCCUUUUCCGGGGUGCAAGAGGUUAUGUGGCUCAUGAAUUUAUUUUGGAUACAAGACCCUUCAAAAAGUCUGCAAAUAUUGAGGCUGUGGAUGUGGCCAAGAGGCUUCAGGAUUAUGGAUUUCAUGCCCCUACCAUGUCCUGGCCAGUGGCAGGGACUCUCAUGAUUGAGCCCACUGAAUCGGAAGACAAGGCUGAGCUGGAUAGGUUCUGUGAUGCCAUGAUAAACAUUCGGCAGGAAAUCGCCGACAUUGAGGAGGGCCGCAUCGACCCUCAGGUCAAUCCACUGAAGAUGUCUCCACACUCCCUGACCUGCGUCACGUCCUCGCACUGGGAUCGGCCGUAUUCCAGAGAGGUGGCAGCCUUCCCACUCCCCUUUGUGAAACCAGAGAACAAAUUCUGGCCAACCAUUGCCCGGAUUGAUGACAUCUAUGGAGAUCAGCACCUGGUCUGUACCUGCCCGCCCAUGGAAGUUUAUGAGUCUCCAUUUUCUGAACAGAAGAGGGCCUCUUCGUAG